AUGGUCGACUACAAAUAUUGCAGCUUAAGCACCUCCAAAGGUCUCUCCUAUCUAAUACCUUACACGGUCCAAGCCACAAUUAUUAAACUCCUCAAGAAGCUACCUACAGCCGUCUGCCCGAUCCAUCGCGAGUACUAUGGCGAUAUCAUGACGUCGCGAGCACGGUCCAAAGACUCCACCGACGCAAUGGCAAAGUUCGUGAACGAGGACUUUCCGGACAUCUCGAGAGAUCACAAUAGGCUGGCGAACCUUAUGUUGGCUGAGAUUGAAGAACAGAAGAAUAGCCAUGAAACGGUUAAAUUCCCGCUCGUGGGAGAUGGUAGGGAAGCGGAAUAUGAUGACGAGAAUGGAGAGGACAGACAGAAGAUAGUCACACUCGAAGAUACUUUGGCUAUAGAGAUUGAGUCAGAAAUGGUCGAUGAUUCUCCAAUAAAGGCCUCCCCUCCAACUAUCGCGAAUGCAGAACUUGUUGGGCCAACGGUACACCAGAGCCCGGCGACAUCGUCGGUGUCUCCAACCAUCUCCAACACCGAGCACCUCGAGGUGGAUCAAAACGACAGUGAGAUGGAUAUCGAGCCUUCCGACGCGCCAGAACCAUGGGACGACUCGCUUUACCCGCACGAUGCCUAG